AUGGAUUCUAAUCCAUUGUAUCUUCAUCAUGGCAACAGCCGUGGUUCGAUUCUAGUAACUCAAUUGCUCACUGGUGACAAUUACUAUACAUGGAGCCGAUCAAUGUUCAUGGCCUUGAUUGCCAAGAACAAACUUCAAUUCAUCAAUGGAGCUUUGCCUAAACCUCAUUCUUCUGAUCCAGAUUUUUUUGCUUGGACUCGUUGCAACAAUAUGGUGUUGUCCUGGAUCAUUAACUUUGUAUCUAAAGAGAUCACAGCAAGUGUAAUCUCAGUUGAUUCCGCAGAAACCAUGUGGAAUGAUCUUCGUGAUCGGUUUUCUCAGCAAAAUGGACCACGAAUAUUCCAAAUUCAUAAGGCUAUUUUAGCUGUGUCUCAGGAGGAUAAAUCGGUAAGCAAUUAUUUUACUGCUCUCAAAGGACUAUGGGUGAACUUCUCAUCUAUCGUCCUUUACAUUAUUGCCUCUGUGGAAAAUGUUCUUGUGGUGUGUUAA